AUGAGUGCGACAGAAUGGGAACAGAGCAAGGAAAAUGCAGCUCCUUUACGUCGUGGCCGUAAGGUGGAAACUUUGGCACCAAAAGCAUUUGGGAUCAGCAAUCGCGACAAGACAGAAAGAGUGAUUGAUAAAUUUGAAAGGUUGGUUCGACCUUCAGAGGACCCUGAUGUAACAGAAAUGGAAAAUGAUCCCUUGGAACACUGGCUAUCAUAUAUCAAGUUUUACCAGGAGUCGUUUCCUUCGGAUACACACGAACAAUUUCUCUUGAUGGAGCGUUGUACACGAGCUCUCAUCAAAAUGCGCCAGUACGCCAACGAUGAUCGUUUCAUUGGAGUUUGUGCCAAAUAUGCUGACAAAACGAAGGAGCCGAUGAUUGUUUUCAAAUAUUUGCACCAAGAAAAGAUUGGAACGGAGAGUGCACUCCUUUGGAUCGCUUGGGCCUUUGUAGCCGAGCGAAAUAAUGACUUUCAAUUUGCAGAACAGAUCUUCAAAAAGGGCAUUAGCAAGAAUGCUCAACCACUGCAGCUGCUAAAGACUCGACAUCGUCAGUUUGAACGACGAAUGAGUAGGAAUUGGAUGAAUUCUUCGCAGCAAAGUGAUCAAAUUGACGACGAAGAUGAUGAUACGGAAAGGCGAAGCGUUCUUGGCGGAACAUCGAGACCUCGAAGGGGUACCAGCAUGAUGCGCCAAACGGAACGCACUAGGACGUUUGGUGUUCGGCAGAAUCGUCGUUCUACUCGUCAAACCAGUAAUGCAAACUCGAACACAAGCACUACCAAUGAUUUUUCUGUUUUUGAAGACGAAGAAACUGGUUAUGAUGGAUACAACUUGGACCAAUCGCAUGGGACAGGACGGGUCAUUGAAACGCAUGCAGAGAGGAAAAAGGAGAAUACGAUGGAAGCAGAGCGAUGGAAUGAAAGAGGUGGACUUCGAAGAGGGCAAGAAGCACACCAACGGUCGCACAGUAAGGGGCCACCACCUGCUUUUGCGGUUUUUGUUGAUGAAGAGUGCGUUGCUCAACACGAGGCCGAGGAGGUGACAAAUCAAGCAGAAGCGGAUCAUCAUAGAAGAUGUCGAGAUGAUAGAACAUUUCGAGAACGGGAUGAUGAAGGCAUGGGAGAAAAGCUAGCGAAAGAUCCCCUCAGAUACUUACGCGACCGCACUCAACUUGAAUCUGAUACUGCUGUUGAUAGCAAACAGAAGAGUGAGCUAGCGAAGAAGCCAGCUGCAAGCGUCCCGAAAUCCAAGAGUGGACGUAAGCAAAAGAAAGGAACAGGGUUCGAUUUGCGAUUGCUUCGUAACAAUCAAGGGGACGAGCAGAGCUUCGAGGAGGCCCGUGCCAAUGCAAAAUGUUUUUUCCUCCUUCCAUCAUCAGAAAACUUCAAUUUGCUACAUACUGUCGUCAGCGACGAUCAAAGCUCUCAAAUGGACCUGGAUGAGAGUUCAGACGGCAUGUCGAUAGGUGAAUUUCCCGAAGGGCUUGCAACCAACACAAGCAACCCCCACAACUCUGUAGAUGCUCGGAACGACUCAAUUGUCAGCAAGAAAUCAGUCUUCGGAGCUUCUAGCUUUGAUGGCAGCUUGAACCGAACAGCUAUUUCAACAGCCAGUUCAACCGUUGAUGAAAUCGGUGCGGUUGGCGUACCAACAAGAAAAGAAGAAGAGACGAUCAAUACAAAGUUCGCAAUGAGAGAGCUAAGCAUGAUGUUCUCCAGUCCCGCAGUCGGGGCCGAUGAUAUGGUGAGAAAGACUGAGAGGGCAAUUCUCAAUAAAUCAACGAGUGCAAAUGAUUCGUAUGAUCAUGUCAUGAACAUCAUGGACCACCAACAAAUGAAUAACUCAAUAUUCAACAUCGAAGAAGACGAGAACAACGAGAACGAUGGCGAGCGCAACUAUGAAGGACGGGGGUCGUCUAGUCCAGGAUUUCAUGAAAUGGCACUCAAAGAAAUUGAAGGGGCUCAGGACGCCGCAAACUCCUUGUCCUGCCGUGCUCAACAGAGAAGGGGCAUUCCUGGAGAGCUAUCUCAAGAGAACCCGUUGAGCCGAAAUGAAGUCGAACUUCACUCAGACGCUGGUUUUCAAAUUUUUGAGGAGGAUAGGGUGAACGAGAACCAAGCUAUAGCAUCAACGAAAGCAAAGUCAAUGUUCGCAAUCUUCCAAGAUGAAGACGACAAUACAAGGACAAAACCCCCAGCAGCAAAAGCAUCAUUUGGUAUCUUCGAAGAUGAAGUAGAAACGAAGGAACCUAAACCUCCAGCAUCGAAAUCAACUUUCACAAUCUUUGACGACGAAGCAGAGAGCUCGACCUCUAGACUAUCAAAAGAGAAAUCUUCGUUUGCAAUCUUUCAAGAUGAGCAAGACAGCACGGCAGUCCAGUCGUUUUCUCGGGAAUCACGCAAUGGACGCUCUUCAAAGGCACCUGGGUUUUCAAUUUUUGAUGAAGAGAAGAGAAUCUCUUCCGCUAACGACGUUAAGCAGUCCCCACAAUCUUCACAUACGGCAUCUGAUAAUGGUGAAACAGCAACAUUGUCCCUAUUUGAGGGCGCUAUUGGAAUGCUGGCCGGAAACGACGACAGUAAUUGCUCUGGACGCUCUGAGCCUAGCGUAAAUGAGGACCGAAAAAGACAGAGCAGCGGCGACACUGCAUCAAUAUCGCUAUUCAACGAAGCAUUUGCCGAGUUCGGAAUUGAGACAAGCGAGAAAGGCCUCUCCCAGGAAAAGCCGCCCUCUGCGUCCUCAAAGAAACACAAGUUCGAUAUCUUUGUGGACGAGAGUACGCGUGAUGCAAAAAGGGCAUGUCGUAGCAGGUUCCAACAGAAGCGACGGGAUCCUAUAGAUAUCGAUGCUGAUCGGCAAAACGCAUCUGUAGACUACCUGAAGGUUCACGAACAUGAAAGCCAAGAGGCACUCCAACAUCUUCAGAGGUCAUCUGUCGUCCCACGUAGCAAUGUCUCGCUCACGGAUCUUCUUUCCAGCGCUGGUGAUUCUUUCGAUCUUCCUCACUUGCUCGUACCUAAGUUACUUCUUCGAAAAAGUGUCAUACCUUCCAAGGCUAAGUUGUGCAUUGGUGGGAAAUACUCUGGACGAAUAUGUAAUGAACUAGGAAGGGGUACAUAUGGUGUUGUUGUUCUCAUGAAAAAGCACAAGACCGAAGAAGUAAUGGCCGUGAAGUCACAAACGCCAACUUCAUGUUUGGCAUUGGAAUAUCAGAAUCUUCGUCGACUAGAAGAACGAGUCUCGUCAAAGCAAGGCUGUCACCCCUUUCCCAAACCACUUUCGUUCAUUUCUCUGGCGGACGGUGGAAUUUUGACCAUGACUGCAGGAUCCAAGUCUGGACUAAAUUUGGUCGACAUGGUGAACAUCUAUAGGGUCAAGCUUGGCGAGACUGUCCCCGAGCUUCUUGCAUUACACUACACUUCGCGAAUGCUAAAGCAUAUUGAAACAAUGCACCGGCACGGAAGAAUACUUCAUUGUGAUGUGAAGCCAGACAAUUUUGUACUGUGCAAACUCGAUUGUCCGGACAAUGCCUAUCGACAAAUCGAGUAUUCGGAUCUCUUUUUAGUUGAUUUUGGUCGUUCCGUCGACCUAGACCUUUAUUCUAACCAGUUUCGUGAUGCUCGGAAUGCAAUGUUUCGUGGAAAUGCUUCUUGUCCGGAAGCCAGGUGUAUUGCCAUGAGAAAUGGUAUGCCAUGGUCCUAUGACAUUGACACAUUUGGAAUACUGUCUUCAGCACAUAUCCUACUCUUCGGAAAUCACAUGGAGCUACGGCAGAGCAGAGACUCAAGAUGGCACAUUCAACAUCGAUUUCGGCGGUACUGGAACAAGGACCUAUGGAGUGAAAUUUUCAAUUCGUUGAUGUAUCCUGACGAGGAGACAGGGUUCGCACUUGAAAGUAGAGUACGCAACUUGCGUAGCCUUUACGAAAAGAUAAACGAUUGUAUAAAAGGGGACGAAGCAAAGAUUACAGCGCUCUUGAAACGCCAAGCAGCUCUCUUACCUAAGCGACGAGACCAAAUGGGUUGA